UGGCUAUUUUGGAUUACUGAACGAGUGGAGUCGGAUUUUGCGCGGCGGCAAAUUCUUAAAGUAGUCGCACAAGUUAUAUCUUAUUAGUUAAAUCUAUUAUACUCGAAUUAAUAUUACGAUAAUUGUGAUAAAAAACAAUAAAUAAAAUCUAUUAGGUUCUUUUUAUGAAUUUUUUAUACGAGAAUGAUAUUAACGAGUAAAAUUUCUUUUUUAAAAAUGCGUUUAAUCAUGCUUGAUUGUUAAAAGAACAAUUCGAACGGGUCGCCAUCUUAUACGUUAACCGACCAAUCAAAGAUAAGAAUUAAGUGACGUUCAGUAGAUUCGAGGUGUUUGAUCGUCACACAAUUGUACCUGGAAUCUUAAUCGAACCCUUUAUUCUUUGGUGUUUCAUUCCAGGAGCUCGUUGCGUAUAUUUAAAUAUUACUUGAAUAGUGGUACGUGCAUUAUAAAAAGAAUUCAUUUUUUAAAUAAGAUAAAUUAUAUAUAUUCAAGAUGAUAUCCAAAGUACUCAUGGAGUUACCAACAGUACCAUUUCCACAAGGAAAAAAACCAUCUUCACAUGAUAUAACUUUAAACAAGAAGACCGAUGGAAUGAUACAAACUAGACAACAAAAUAUGAACGUAGAUAGAGCAACUCAAUUAGAGCAAAAUGUGAAAUUUCUACAAGAACAACAUCAAGCAACUUUGCUUGCUUUACAUCAAGAAGUUGAAAUGUUACGUCAAAGAAAUAGAGAUUUGCAAUUUCAAUUGACUUUUUCAAAAGGAACAACUUGUAUACCUAGCAGUCCUUCUUCCCCUGAAGAUAAUGGAAAUGGGUUCGCUAAACCAAAGGGUAGCCCAGUAUCCAUGAACGUCACACCUUUGAAGGUUGAACUUUUGGAAAAAGAAUUGCGGGAUGUUAAAGACUCAUUACAAAGUGUUAAAGCAUACAACAAAGUUUUAACGGAAGUUAUAUUAAAGCAACAAGAACACGUGGAGGAAUUAGGAAAACAAAAUCAGAAAAUAGAUGUGGCAAGUGUAGGAAUACAAGUAGGAAGCAAAUCAGAAUCUGCUCAAGAAGAUAUAGUAGCACGUUUGGCAGAUGCGCAUGAGGUGAUAAAACAAUUGCAUAUGGAAAAUAAACAUCAACAAAAGGAAAUUGCAACGUUAAAGGCAGCAUCAGCAAAUAAUGGAGGUACAAGUAGGGGUGGAUGGGGACGAGAUAGUAAUAAUAGUCAUCAUAGCUGUGUAUCAUCUAUAACUGGAAUACAAGAAUCAACAUCUCACAAAUUUCCACCAUUACAGACACAGAGCUACUCACAUCGCAGUGUUCAGAGCUUUGAUCAUAAUUUUGGUUACUACAGAAACGGAAGAAAUCGAUAUGACAGACUGGAUCUUCACUCAGACGUUGAAAAUACUGCAUUACCACAGCUUCAAAAUGGUAUCAUUAAUUCAGACGCUACUAUAUUUGAUUCGUGUCAUUGUCAUUAUCAAAGUUUUCUUUUUAAUUAUCAUCCAGAUUACUAUAAUCGUAAAUACAGAUGUCAAGAUUCGCAAAGGGAUCGCAGAGAUUCUGUGAAUCGUUAUUACAGACGCGAUUACAAAGAUAGAAAAUUUAAAAACCACCAGAGGGGAGAAUGUACAGAUCCUGGAGAAGGUUCAAGAGAUACGGAUAGUUCCCAUAAACAAUAAAUUAUAUAUAUAUAUAUAUAUAAAUUAUUAUGAAUCUGGUGGCUUAGCUGCAUUAUAUACGAGUAGUUAUGUCUUUAAGUUAUUUGCCUUAAAAUAUGUAAAAGCAUCUGAAAUUCCAUUAGCGGUAAUAAUAGUUAUAAAUGCUGAGUGGUUAA